AGCCAAACGCAAUUACCCAUCCUCCAAUCAGAGUCGCACUUCCGCGUCCAGUAACACGUCAUGUCCGUUUCCCAUAAACCCUUGCUCGCAAUUGUGCAGCUGUCGCCAGGGAGAGGAGUGUUGCGGCCGCUGGAGGACUCUCGGAUCUGCGGCCGAAUCAUCACUUGAUUUAUAUAACAAGACGAACUUAAGCCACAACCAUGGAUGGUGAAGAGAAAACCUAUGGUGGCUGUGAGGGUCCUGAUGCUAUGUACGUAAAACUGAUUUCAUCUGAUGGCCAUGAGUUUAUUGUUAAAAGGGAACAUGCUUUGACAUCAGGAACAAUAAAGGCCAUGUUAAGUGGUCCAGGACAAUUUGCUGAAAAUGAAACCAAUGAAGUGAAUUUCCGAGAGAUUCCCUCCCAUGUUCUGUCUAAAGUCUGCAUGUAUUUUACCUACAAAGUUCGUUAUACAAACAGUUCCACAGAAAUCCCAGAAUUUCCCAUUGCUCCAGAGAUCGCACUGGAACUGCUGAUGGCAGCAAACUUCCUCGACUGUUAAAUAAAAUAAAUUAUGGAAAAUCAAUAUGUUAAAUGGAUUCUUUUAUAUUUAAAUGCCCAGGGUUUUUUUCUAUUUAGCAUGUUUGCAUUUUUCCAAGCACUGAAUUGUAUAUGUAUAUUGUUACGCACCCACAUCCUUCCUUAGCAAAGCAGCCGGCAUGAAUUGACCUGCUUGUUGCUAAUAUAUUUUUCCCCUCGCACUGUCCUUAAUAAACAGUUAUGAAUAUUUGAUGUUAA